AUGCCCAACCGCAAUCUCGCAAUCGCCCACCCUGACCUAUCCGCCCAGAGCGAUGACGACGACGACCUACACGACGAUAACCCCAACCCUCACAGCCCCGAGGACGACCCCGCUCUCGUGGCUCCCCUUCCCCACGCUCCGGGAGUGUGCCGAGGUCACGCUGCGCUGGGCCGGCGGCCUGCCCCCCUUCAGCGUUCAGAUUGGGUGUGUCGAUACAAGACGGGGAAUUGGCUCGCAUUCGCGGUCGCUGGCGAGGACGGGAUGUGGAUGCAGACGGAGGUUGAACAGUUUGUCGAGACUGGACCGGGGGAGUGUGGCGCGUGGGAUCCGCCUGUGCUGUUCAAUGACAGCUACACGCCGGAGUGGGGGCAGGGUGCUGAGUGGACGGGUGACGAGGGGGAUUAUGAGGACGGCACGGGGGAGGAGGAGGAAGGAGAUGAGGAUGAUGGGACGAGAGUUGGUGGUGCGGUGUUCUCGAGUCCGUGGUCUGCUGCUCGAAUCACACGCACGUCCAACUCGACUUUGCCGACGUACAGCCUCCUUGACAACGUUGUUACCUCCUCUACAAUCACCUCCACGACUUCCCCCCGAACCAGUCCUCUCGGCCCCAUCCCUCUCUCGACUGUCUGGCAUCAGCCCACUGCCUCCGCGACCACAGCCUCAGCCACGCUUGGCGCAGUCACCGCCGCAUCCGCCUCUGACGCGAGCACCUCCGCCCCGGUCUCCCGCGCAGUACUAGCAGGUCUAGCAGCUGCCAUAGCGGGUCUCGCAGUCCUUGCCCUGGUCGCGUGGCUGCUUCUUCGUCGUCUCCGCCGCCCGCCUCCCGACUCUCCCGACUCCGAACCCGAGAGGAAGGUCAGGCGCGUCCCGCCACCGCUCGACCUCAGCCGGCCGGGCUCUGUCCCCUCUCCGACUUCACCCAACCCCUUCGCAGCGGCCUCGUCGACAACACCCGUAGUGCUCGUCCCGGGGAGGACUACAGUUCAGCCCCGAGAAACGAAAGCCUCGACGUCGCCGUUCAACGUCCUCUCGCCCCGCUCUCGCGCCACUCCUGUCAAACCCAGACGGCAGGCUUCGGUCCCCCUCUCCGCGCAGGCUGAGGGGUCUGACUUUGUGCGCCAGUUCACGCCCGUCACGCCGUUUCCUCUCGACCUGAGAUCUGCCCGCAAAGGCAGUGGGCCAUACCCGUCCUUGAAUAAGCCUCGAGCGCUUGUGCCCACGCCCUAUCUCGGCUACGGCCGCGAUCCCCCGCAGCGCGGCAUGCCUCACCGCGGCAACACCGAUGAGGAGAGCAUGAUCGCCUCACCGUCUGAGGGUGGUUUCUCUAGACGAGACGCAACCCUCAUCGCUUGCGCUGGCACGCCACCUUCCUACGAAGUCGCGUGUGCUUGGACGCCCAGCGACAUGCGACCAAAUAGGGGAGGUUUGGUCUGA